CUCCCUCUCAUUUGGACACCAAAACAGAAAAAGGCCAGCUGCUGGUGCCCUCUUGUACACCUGUCCCGUUAUCUAAUAUGCUCGAGAAGAAGGCCCGUCCAGGGUAUCGGAAAAUCAUCAAAUCGUCCGCCAAAACACUGAUCGUCGUCGAGGCCAUCCUUUUUGCGGUGUCCUACGCAGGGUGGUACCGUUUGAACACGAACCGAGAGUUCCGGCACUACGUGAAGGAGAACUAUCCGAGUGUACUGGAGGCGUACUAUCAACUCGGCGAAACGAUCAGCGGCGACACCUCGAUCCGUGCGUUCGACGAAGGGAUCUGGACGCAAGAGCAGCAGAGCAAGAAGCAGUGA